AGCGCGUGCUCGCGAGCCGCCGGGGUGGUCACGUGCCCAGCGAAGGCGGGGCGGGAAGGGCCGGGAAAUGCUGCGGCUGCUGGAGAAGCUCCCGCCGGGACGGGCCCUGGAGUUCCUUCAUAAAAUAGUAGAUGGCAUAUGUGGCCGUGCGUAUCCUCGAUACCAGGAUUAUGGCGAUAUUUGGAGCUUGUCGGAGUGGAUGGAGAUUUUAGAAGCAACAAUGACAUAUUUCAAAACUGCAGUUGGCAAAAACAUAUCUGAUGAAGAGGCUGCUCAGCAGAUAAAUGAGUUGAAUUCAAACUAUCAAGAAGCAAUCACAAAAUGUCUAAAAGGCAGAAAGGAAGAAAUCAGGAAUGCGCUGGUGGAAAGAGUAAAUGCAAUCUCUUCUGCCCAGCUGCAAGAUUUUGACUGGCAGUUAAAGCUUGCUCUCUCCAGUGAUAAGAUCUCCAUGCUGCAAAUGCCACUUGUCAAUCUUGAUUUGGAUGUGAGAGAAAAUGGUGAAAUUAAACCGAUUUCUAUAGAGAUGAAUAAGGAGGAGUUGCAGAACCUAUUAAAUGCACUGGAAGCUGCUAAUAAGGUAGCUUUUACUGAUGCCAUCCUUUGUUCCUGACUUUUCAUGUACUGAGUUUAUUUUAACUGAAAUUCUUUGUUCUGGAUAUCUUGCUGAAAACCCAAAGUAAAUCAUUCAUUGGCAAAAUGACUAUAGAGUUACAGAAAGCAUUACAUAAGGCAGACUAUCCUGGAUAGACUUUAGGGGUUUUUUUAGCACAGUUGAGUCAAGAAUUUUUAAAAAAUGUAAUUAGAAUCCUGAUAAGCUUAAUAGUCUGUUCAGACCACCAUUAAAAAGUCUUGUGAGAAUCGGUGGAGAAGCAAAUGAAAUGACAGCAUCAGAUGAGAGCUGAUUUUGAAAGAUGGGAGAGAACUCCAGUGUUCCCCCAGCUUCACAAAAUGUCAGUGGCUGGGAAUGCAUAUGGGAGAGUUGUUUGGUUCAAAUUGAGUGCUUUAAUUUCCAUGGCAUAGUAAAUCAGGAGGAAAGUUACAAAGAUUCUAAUAUAGUAACCCAAGAAGAAAAUUUCAAGUGAAACUUUAUUUGGAGUGUCUCAGAUUUCUUAAUAGAAAAGACUAGAGGAAGUGAGGAUUUGAAGAAAAAUUGUUAGGGGAAGAAGUGUCAUCUGACUUGCACCCAGGUGAUAACUGCAAACCCUGAAGUCCCUCCUUAUUCAGUUACUUUUCAGGAUUACUUCUGGCUCUGUUAUAAAGGAAAGUGGGAUUUUUGUUGGUUUUGUUUUGUUUGGUUGUUUUUGUCUUUUUAAAUCUGAAAAUGUCUUCAAAUAUUUAUUAAGUCUAUUAUUUGGGAGAUGGGGUUCUCUGACAUCUUGCAGGAUGGAUGUGAAAGAGUUGUAUCAACAAUGUUUUAGAAGUUAGCAGCUUCUAGUUGCUUCAUAACAUUUAGCAAGUAAGGCGUUUCUUUACAUGUUUUAUGUAAUGUUAUGAUGCUAUAGCUGGAAUCUGUAGACCAACAUUUAGAAAAAAUCUUCAUCAAUAUGUAACAAUUGAAAAUAAUGGAUUUAUAGCUCAUAGAGUUAAAUACUGUUAUAAAAGUGCUGUUAGUAUUUUGAAUUUAAAAAGACAAUAAGUUUAUGUCUAGCAGUUGCUUUAAUGAGGCUGCGAGACCUCUGAGUAACUAUGCAGUUCCCAGUGAGAAAAAUGCAUUAGUCCAGAUACAGGUGAUGUUCUCAUGAAAUGAGAGCCCUUAACAGCUUGCUUCCUCUGGAUUUUUCCCUCCAAAACUAAAUAUAAAAAUAGUAGCUUGUGAUUAACUCUACACUAUGCAAACAAGGAUUCUUCCAGCACAGACUCCAGCAGUCUUCACAAUCCUUUUGUUCUGCUUCAAGAUCUGUAUGGAAGCUGUGGGAUGCUGUCAUCUCCUUACUUAGUUUUAUGUGUGUACAAGGAGGAAUUCACUCCAGAAAUGGUCCCUCGGUUCCACCUUGUGUGGAAGUAAUCUCACUGGACCUGGAAAUUACCAUUCUGCUUUUUGAUUACAGGGAGCUGAGGAAUGGUUUGUGUGCAGUAAGUGCUAAAGAACAUUAUUGGAAGUGAUAGUUGUGUGAGGUUGUAAAAGAGAACUGAGAGAGAUAUGGUGUAUUUUCCAGAGGAAAGACAUGUUUAUAUGCUUGCAUAUUAUACUGUAACAGAAAGCAAAAAGCUGUGUUUCCUAGACUGCAUAAGUUUUGGUCUCAUCCAACUUUAAUGUCAUUCCUUUUCUCCUUU